AUGUCCGGAUACAGCUUUUACGACUUGUCUAUGGAGUCCACAAAACACUCGAUGAGUCAAGCGGAUGAAAACAUUUUGGCUCGACAGAGGAGGUUCAGAGAGCAACCGAGGAAAAUGCUGUUUGACCCACUUCACGGAAUACAACCACCAACUUAUGACCAGGUGUUCAGCUCUGAUAAUAAGAGUCUCAAGUCCUCGAGAAGAGACGUGUCUUACAGAGCCAUAAACAAAAUUAUAGCAGGGGUGAAGGUUCCCAAGAGACCAGUGGAGCCAGACAGCUGCUGCAUGAGUGGAUGCGUGAACUGUGUAUGGGACUUGUUUAGUGAGGACUUGGAUUUUUGGAAGACCAAGACGCUGCAGGCCGUUCAAGCGUUGGAAAAGCAAGGAGAUGACGUUAAAGAGCAGUGGCCCCUUGGAUUCGACCCAGCCCCUAGAAAUCUAGAUAUAAAAUAUAUUCCGAUGGAGUUAAGGUCCAAGAAAGGAGAGACGCAGGUGAGAUACGAAAUGCCGAUUGGAUUACAGGUUCUCCGAGAGUUUGAGAAGAAGAAGCAAAUGGAGAAAGAAAAAAGACUACUUAGACGGAGGAUUGAUAAACUCAUAGAGAGGGAUAUUAAAGGUUACACGGAUGUCUAUAUGCAGCAAACCAGUAAGUAG